AUGAAUUUUAAAUAAAUAAUUGCUAUCGCUAUUUAAUUACUCAUUUUAGUCAGUGCUUCAGAUUAAAAUUGUAAUUUUUCGGUAAGUUAGCUUAAUAACAAAGUAUUAAAGCUCACAUAACAAACAAAAUGUGAUAAAUGUUUCACUUCUGAUGUUAAGUUGACUAUUUAAUCUAACAGCUAGUAAAUCACCUCUCUUACUUUAACAGCUACCUCAAGUAGUAGUCCAGUCAAAACUCUUAUAUUGUAACCAUUCACCAAAUCUUUGACUUUGAGCCCAAGCUUUAUGGUAGAAAUCGGAAGCAUGACUUCAGGAGAUUAUUACUCUUACAACUUUAUCGAUUAAUGCAAUGCCAAACAAGUUAAUGGAAAUCUUGUAUAUGAUUUGCAGUUUAAAGCAAAAGUAAAUGGCAAUAUGCAAUAUUUUGAACUAAACAAUGGAACUAGCGGAAAUAGCUCAACAACCAAAAUUAGCUUUAUCUUAUUUAUCCUUAGCUUAUAUUUGAUAUUUUGA